AGAACAAGAGCUUCGCCUGAACAGCUCGCUAUACUCGAACGAACAUUCGCCGUUAAUCCAAGCCCAAACCAUCGUAUUAGAGAACAAUUAUCACAUGAAUUAGGCAUGUCUGAACGCUCCAUUCAAAUAUGGUUCCAAAAUAGAAGAGCUAAAGUGAAAACCGCCAUUAAACGAUCGAAUAUGAUG